UAAAAAUAUGAUAUCUACACUGGUCUCUGACUAUUAAAGUAUCGUUGUUUCCUAACCGUUGGGACUCAUUUGGUUUAUUUCCAUUACCAUCGUUCAAAAUUUACCAAAAUGGAUGCAUGAAAACUGUCAACACAAAUAAUGUUCCACAAAUAUUGAUACAAUGGCUGACUCUGCUAAAAGCAACAUAAAGCACAGCCUUUCUCUUAUUCGGGACCCUAAAGCCAAGGUCAGAGAACUUUGCACUUAUGCCGGAAUAGUGGAUGUGGAGCCAUCAGUCCCAGCCAGAAGAUACCUUCGUUCUGGUAUGGAAAUGCUGCGGCUGGCGAAGGUGUACAAAGAUGAAGAAGAAUAUGAGAGUGCCUUCAUACUGUACAUGAAGUUUAUUACUUUAUUUGUGGAGAAGCUACCUAAACAUCCAGGCUACAAGGAUGCUCCCCAAAAAGAUGUCAUCAAUAUAAAACAGCAAGUGAAGCAAGUGUUCCCAGUUGCAGAAGAGCUGAAGGGUAAAUUGACACAGCGGUAUACAGAGCAGGAGAAGAAGAGACAAGAGGAUGAAUGCAAGCGUGCAGAAAUUCUUGCUAAAGAACAGGAGAAAAUCCAACUCCAAGAAGAGUUACGUAGAAAGGAGGAGGAGGAAAGAAGUAGGAAACUUCGCAAGCAGUCUGAAGAAUUGUGGCUUCGUGAACAGGAGGAAAAAUUCCGCCAACUUCAAGAGCGUGAAAAAGAGAAACAAAAUGAAAAAGACAAACAUGAUCCAAAUAUUCUGCUUGUGGAUAUUCCAGAAGACUUUGACAAGAAUCGACCAUCGUCAGGUCUGAAUAACGAACGUAGAAGUAUACCUUCGGGAAGUUUGAGCUUCGUACCAAAUGAUUUACGUCAAGGUCAAAGGCCGAAGCUUGAGAAGAACCUUUCGUUGGAUUACACACCAAAUAUACCUGACAGAGAGCUGAAGCGAACUCUAACAAUCAGCGAUGAUGCAAGACCUGAGGUCGACAGAAGUACAAAACCUUCGGCACCAGCAGAUCAUUUCCUGAGUACAGGCACUACUUCGUUAAAUAAAUAUGGAUUGAAGGACGUUGUUAUCCCCAGAGACAUUGUCCAGAAAUUCCUGACAGUUGCCGACUCCAAUACAAAACGAAAUGUCGAAACAUGUGGAAUUCUGUCUGGAAAAAUGGAGCGUGGAGCUUUCUUCAUCACCCAUGUGUUGAUUCCAAAGCAGACUGGAACCCCUGACAGUUGUAACGCAGAAAACGAGGAAGACCUGUUUGACUUCCAGGACUCCAAUGACCUUAUUUCUCUUGGAUGGAUACAUACCCAUCCUACGCAGACGGCCUUUCUGUCAAGUGUUGACCUUCAUACCCACUACCCCUAUCAGCAGCUGAUGCCAGAAGCUGUUGCAGUGGUUGUCUCCCCAAAAUUCAAUGAAACUGGGGUAUUUAUGUUGACCCCUGACCUGGGACUGCCAGAGAUCGCUCGGUGUAGCAAGAGGGGCCAUCACGAACACACCAAACAUCCUCCAGUCUUUGAGACCAGUACGCAUGCCAAAUUUGUGGACGACAGGAGCAUUAUUUUAGUAGAUCUACGCAACAAAUGAGAAACUAGAGUCUAGUUAUAAUACCUGACACAGCGCUUGAGGCAGUUAGAGCCAAAAGGACAAUUAUCUCCCAUUUAGCCACUUAAACUUUACUGUAUGUGUCAUAUGGGUUGUACAUGUAAUAAAGCCUUAUUCCGGGAAAUGGGACUGCAUUUCCUUAGUGUUAUCCCUCAUUAGCCUGUGCAGUCCACACAGCUAAUCAUGGACGACACUUUCGGCUUAUAAUGGAUUUUCAUUUAGAAGAAAAUUUCUUGAAAGGAAAAUUCCAUCCAACAGAAAGUGCUGUCUGUGAUGAGCCUGUACUGAUUGCAUGCAAUAAGCCCUGUUUUCCCACUGAUUGCAUGCAAUAAGCCCUGUUUUCCCAGAGCUCGGCUAAAUUAUAAUGUUUGCCAUUGAAAAAGUAUUAUUAUUAUUGAAAUAUGUUUUGUUUUUUAAUUGUUAAAAGAGGCAUAAGGCUUCUGUAUGUAUGAUGUAAUUUUUUGUUUAACUUCGAAUAAUGUAUACUUAACAAGUUAUAUCGAUUUAAGUUAAAUUAUUUUUUGUUUUAAUUGAAAAUACAUGUUAUCAAAAAGAGAUUUGUAUUUUACCAGCAACUUUGGAAGAUUAUAUGUUAAUGAUGAUCUUGUACUCUCGUGUAUGCUGAAUUUUUUUUUCAAAAGAAAUAAGCAUAUAUUGAGAUGGUAGUUGCUUAUAUAAAAUCACAAAGUAUGUACUGUUUUAUCUGUGUCCGUUGCAUUGCAAUCAUUCUUGUAACAGUGCAAUAUUAUGAAUGAACAUUGACUUCAUGUUUGAUGUCAUAUUCAAGUAUUGAAUAUGUAUAAGAAAGUGUCUUGUUUUAAGAAAAUAAAUUUUGCAAGGCCAUAAACAAAUUUUGUGAUAACAAAAAUAAUUACUGCUGCAAAAUUAUAACACUUGAUAGAAUAUGUGCAACCCUUUUGUUAAGGAGGAUAGGCUGGGUCAAAAAUAUUGUCUUUAAAAAAUGAUGCUGAGCAGAUGGUAGUAAUUUUACCACUUUUGGUAAUCCAGUAAGACAUAAAUUUCUCAUAUAUUAAAAGCAUAUUAUGUUAUAUUGUAUAUUUAUCAAUAAAUAUGCCUCUAGACAACAAUUUACAAAAAAACUUAAUCCUUAGACAAUUUAUAGUAGAUGAGUUAAUUCACAUCUCUACAUUAUGGUGGAUACAGUGACGAAUUCUAUGAUUAAUUUGAUUAUGAUUUUUUUUAAUUUAAUGUGCAUUUUGAUUUCUUGAUAAAAUGUGUUUAUUCCAAUGUGAUGUAUUUUCGUUUUACAUAAUUAAUAUCAUUCAGCAUAACUUAUGAUGUUUUAUGAGUAAUGGUAGCCUGUAAAGACAGGUAAUUUAUGCACAAACUUUGUUUUCUUUGUCAUAAUUGUUUAUAAUGACCAAAUAUUUUUUUUUUUUAAAUCCAUUAUUAAUAAAAUAAUCUUUUUAUAGUGUGCUUUUUGGCGUAGAUGAUGUUCACGAAUCAGCAUGUUUCUACAUUUUGGUUUUUAGCCAAGAUGACAACUAUUUCAUGUACAAAUAUUUAUUACAGUGUGUCUUGAUUUUUGAAAGUUCUUAUAAGUUACUUUUAUAAUAUUUCUUAUUACCGGUAUAUUGCAAAUUGCAUUAACUGAAUAUACAUGUAUGUGACAUGUAUGUAUUUUGAGCCUGUUUCAUAACAUUGUCUUUAUUCAAAAUAAUUUUAUGUAUGGACCAUUAUAUGAGAGAUUUUAUUCUUAUAAUUUGUUGCUCAGUGUAUGAUUAUUUUUUGGGUAAAAUCCAUAUUUCACUGUAUCUGUACAACUUGUAUGUAUAUAUUCCCCUUACACAAGUAUAUCUAUCUAGUCAAUUUACUGGUACUUUAUCUCAUGUGUAGCAAAAAUAGACAAAAAUGCAAUAAUUAUAAUUUUUUCACUUUAAAUAGUGGCAUGUAUAUUGUACACAGGGGCAUGCAAAUUUUGAAAUGUUGUCAUUUAUGAAUCCCAAUCAAAAUGCCUGGACCGUGUUGUCAUCUUUGCUAAUGAACAAUAUAGCAAUUUCUUGAUAUGGCUACCGGGUAUUUACAUUAUAAAUAAACACACAACAAUACCUCCUACUGUUCCCUUAUAAUUAUGUUGUGUGUGUUUUUAUAAAAGUAUUAGAAAUCCUUAAAAAAGUCUGUCCACAAAAUGACCAUGCUGUGUCUAAUUGGAACGAUUGUCUAUUCAUAAGCUUCCAGUGUUAAAAUGUUGCUAUUUGAUGUCAAUAAAUGGUAACAAUCCAAA